AGGCAUGAAGGUACUAAUACUAACCCUCCUUAUCUCUUCGCUGAUUAUCUCCCCAGAGGCUGAAGAGUUCGAUUUCGACCUUCCACUUGUUCUUGACGCCACUGGAGUGCCAGAAUGUAUACAAGCAUGUCUAUCGGACCUUUUUGAUAGCGCUGUAAAAUUGCUCAGUUUACGUAAUCCCGUUGAACGAUUUAGCGAUCUAUGCAAAAAAUACGACAACGCAUCACUGUGUAUUGCCAAACAAGAUUUCUGCACCCAUUCAACAAUUUUUGAGAUGGCGCUGAGUGGUCUUGAUGAGGUCUGCACUGAACGGGCAGAAGACAUUGCGGAACACAAAGACUGUCUCAAAACCGAGUUGGAGCCAGUACUGAAGGAAUGUGACAGCCAGUGCCAUCUUACCAAGGUCUUGAUCAUGCUGUCAGGAAAAGGUAACCCCGAAGGAUUGAAAAAGUUCCAGGAAGACCAUCAAGCUCUACAAAAGGAUAUUGCUUCCAUAUGUGUUUCUUUCGGCUGCAUGUCAUCUUGCCUGGCUAAGGAGCUGAACAUGUACUGUCCCCCGGCUGGAACUACCAUAGUGAAAGCCUUGCUGAAGCCAUUCUUCACCUUCUCCAAUAUUUUCGAGGAGAUCGGCCCACGUGCAAAACUCUCCAUUUACCGACAAGAAAAGUUCCAAAACAAGAACUGUCGAAAAACCCGGAAGAAGCCGUCCUGAAGGAAGUCAUCCGAAAGGCAGAAAUGAAAAAGAAGAUGAAGGCCGAACUGGAAAAGCAAUUCCUUAUGGAUGCUGGAUUCUGAAAGCUUCACUGAGUUCGCUAGAAUUCCAUUCAAACAAUGUCAAGACGAUCUCUUGUUUAUUCAAGCUAAACCUUCAUGCCUCUACUGGUAGUCAGGAUCUCAAGCAUUCGUUCUUCAACGCCUAGUCUUUACACUUCUCGUACCUGCAUGUGAAC